CCUCCGUACCCCGGGCCCCUCGUUCCUCACUACUGACGCGCUAUUGAUACAAGGUUGUAGCGCGGUGAUUUUUGUUUCCGCCCGGGGCCUGUAGUCAGCUGACUGCCAGUUCAUGUGACGCCUCGGAAUCACGUGACUGCUGUAGCCGCGCAAACCCGGAAGCUUCAGUGAGAGGAGAAGAGCCGGAGAGGAGCAGCUGCACCUGCACAAGAGCAUAAAUUACGGAUUUUGCGCCGUACCCCCGCAGGCUGAGGAAAUGAUGUCAUCGGAGAAUGACCCCCCUAGUGAUGUCGCUGCUGCAGAGGCCGCCAAGUUGCAGUUUGUCCCGUUUACUAGCGCCCUGGAUGCCGGAUUCUGGCACGAACUGACUCAGAAGAAACUCAAUGAGUACAGACUGGACGAGACCCCCAAGGAAAUAAAGGGAUAUUAUUAUAAUGGGGAUCCAUCCGGACUCCCGACCCGACUCACUCUGGAAUUCAGCGCCUUCGAUGUUAACACCCCCACCCCUGGCCGCUGCUGCCCGGCACUCGGCUCGUUGUACAACACCAACACUCUGGAGUCAUUCAAAUCAUGUGACAAGAAGGCGCUUUUGGAUGGAGCAGCCAAUGAGAUUUGGGAAGCGAUCCGGUCGGGAGCGGCCAUUGAGGAUCCAACGCUUCUGACCAAGUUCCUCCUCUUGACAUUCUCAGAUUUAAAGAGAUACCGCUUCUACUACUGGUUCUGUUUCCCCGCCCUGUGCCUGCAGGAAGGGAUCCGCCUACUACAGCCUCCGACUUCACUUGCCGAACGUUUCUCUGAAGUCCAGGUGGGAGCGCUGCAGAGAUCGUAUGAUGAGUUGUGGCACAAGCAAGGGACCCCCCCACAGCCUUAUUUCCUGGUGAAAUACACAGACACCUCCUGCUCCGUCGCCCCACUCCGGGACUUCACUAAGUUCUAUAGCAACACUGAGAAAGUGACGUUGGGGUUGUGCGACCCCUGCACUUUGCCCCAGUACCCGGGGUGGCCCCUGCGCAAUCUGCUGCUCCUGGUGUCGUAUCAUUGGGGGGGGCGAGUGCGGGAAGUCGAGGUUCUCUGCUUUAGGGACAGGACCCUCCAGGGGGAGCGAGACGUCACCCACAGUCUCAUGUUCCACAUUCAACUCCCAGAGAUGUCGCCCAAUCAGGAGAGGCCAAAAGCUGUCGGGUGGGAGAAGAACCAGAAAGGGCAGAUGGGCCCCAGGAUGGUGAAUCUCAGUGAAUGUAUGGAUCCUAAAAGGUUGGCUGAAUCGUCUGUUGACCUGAACCUGAAGCUCAUGCGCUGGAGACUGGUCCCAACUCUGGACUUGGACAAAGUGAUUAAUACAAAGUGUUUGCUCCUGGGGGCCGGCACGCUGGGCUGCAAUGUGGCGAGGGCACUAAUGGGCUGGGGGGUCAGACACAUCACCUUCGUGGACAAUGCCAAGAUCUCCUACUCCAACCCCGUGCGGCAGCCCCUCUAUGACUUCUCCGACUGCCUGGGAGGGGGCGACCCCAAAGCUCAUGUGGCAGCGGCAAAGCUGGACAAGAUUUUCCCUGGUGUGAAUUCCAGAGGAUUCAACAUGAGUAUCCCAAUGCCGGGGCAUCCGGUCCAUUUCUCCAAAGAGACAGUAGAACAGGCCCAGACAGACGUAAAGAAACUGGAGGAUCUUAUUGCUGAACAUGAUGUGGUGUUUCUACUGAUGGACACGAGGGAGAGUCGCUGGCUCCCAACUGUCAUUGCUGCCAGUCAGAAAAAGUUGGUCAUUAACGCGGCGCUGGGGUUUGACACGUUUGUGGUGAUGAGACACGGACUGAAGAAGCCGACGAAGGACAAUGCGGGGGCAGAGGGGGCCAACUCUUCUGAUCUCUUAGGCUCCUCCCUCUUCUCCAAUAUCCCCGGCCACCGAUUGGGCUGUUAUUUCUGUAACGAUGUGGUGGCGCCAGGUGAUUCCACCAGGGACCGCACUCUGGACCAGCAGUGCACUGUGAGCCGACCAGGACUGGCCAUGAUUGCCGGAGCAUUAGCCGUGGAGCUUAUGGUGUCCGUCAUCCAGCACCCCGAAGGAGGUUACGCAGUCGCUAGCAGCAGUGACGACCGUAUGAAUGAGCCCCCGACAUCUCUGGGUCUUGUGCCACAUCAGAUUCGAGGCUUUUUGUCGAGGUUUGACAAUGUGUUGCCUGUGAGUCUCGCAUUUGACAAGUGCACUGCCUGUUCUCCCAAGGUUAUUGAUCAGUACGAGACUGAUGGAUUCCAGUUCUUGGCCAAAGCUUUCAACUCGUCUCAUUCGUUCCUGGAGGAUUUGACUGGACUGACGCUGCUGCACCAGGAGACUCAGGCUGCGGAGAUCUGGGACAUGAGUGAUGAUGAGGUUGUCUGAAGAAUAACGGAAAUGUCACCCCUGUGCAAUAUGGCGUCGCCCUCGCUGUGCACUCAUCUAUGCAGAGAGCCGCACCGUGUAACAGAAUCUAUAUUAAAAUACAUGUAUCUAUAUAAUAACCCCUUCUCCUCCAGAUCUUGUUUCCAACCACAGAUUCAGUUAUUUUUAUAGACUUUGAUUUCCAAGUACUGAACUGCCCCGGUGUUACCCCCAUGGGCCUCGGUGAAUAUCAACACCAUGUGUCUAUAAAUAUCUGCAGCAAUAUUUGCCCCAGAGCAGGGGAGUAUUUAUGCGGUGCAUGCUGCUAUAUUUUUCAUUUGGCAUGCAAUUGUGUAUAAUCCCCCUUCCCCCUGGGAAAUAAAGAAAUAAAAUGUGAAUUUAUUCCGUUUAUGAAAAGAGAAGGUUAUAUUUUCAUUGUUAGUAGCUUUGUGUCCCAGCAGUAAAGAGCAAGGUUAUUGAACAAGGUCGGUUGAGGGGUCUGGAGGUAUAAAGGGGAUCAGGAGAGACACUUAAGAUGCUCAUUGGAACUUUCUCACUCGCUUCAUUUUUGUAACAAAACAUUUUUCUAACACAAAUAUGUAUAACGAUCCAUUAAGCUCUAUUCUGCUCAAAUAAACCAACAAAUUCUCUUUA